CCUUCCCUUAUGGGCGGGGUAUAUUCUUUAUAGCAUUAGCGGUUAGUUUAUCAGUGUUACCUGCAACUUGAUGUUUACUAACCAUGCGUCCAUUAUUUUAAAGAAACCAAGCUGCAUUUUACAGUAAACAUGGAUUGAGCUGAGCGCUAGUCUAUUGAUUGAUAUUGUUCUCUCUGCCUGCCAUUUGCACACAUUAUUAUCUUCAUACAUACAGCGGGUUGUUUGUCUCAGUUGCCAGGACUGUCUUGCUAUUCUGCGGGCUGGGGAUUGCAGUGCGGCCCCUGGCUGCGAACGAAAUCUCUCCAUCACACCAGGAUCCUCCUGCUUUUUAGAUUAUCAUGUUUAUUUUAUAAAGAUGGCGGUGUGGGGGACCCUGUAAACUAAAUGACUGUCAGAAAUAUCGCCUCCAUUUGUAACAUGGGCACCAAUGCCUCUGCUCUGGAAAAAGACAUUGGUCAAGAGCAGUUCCCAAUCAAUGAACACUACUUUGGAUUGGUUAAUUUUGGCAACACGUGCUACUGUAACUCGGUGUUGCAGGCGCUGUACUUCUGUCGGCCAUUCCGGGAGAAUGUGCUGGCAUACAAGGCCCAGCAGAAGAAGAAAGAGAACCUGCUCACGUGCCUGGCUGACCUGUUUCACAGCAUCACCACGCAGAAGAAGAAGGUCGGGGUGAUUCCUCCCAAGAAAUUCAUUUCCAGGUUACGGAAAGAGAAUGAUCUCUUUGAUAACUACAUGCAGCAGGACGCCCACGAGUUCCUGAACUACCUGCUGAACACAGUGGCAGACAUCCUGCAGGAGGAGACGACCCAGGAAAAACAAAACGGGAAGCUGAAGAACGGCAGCACCACCAUCGACGUGGAGGAGAGCAACACGAUCGAACCCACCUGGGUGCACGACAUCUUUCAGGGGACACUGACCAACGAGACACGGUGCCUGAACUGUGAAACAGUUAGCAGCAAAGAUGAGGAUUUCCUUGACCUUUCAGUUGAUGUGGAGCAGAACACAUCAAUUACACAUUGUCUGAGGGAUUUCAGCAACACAGAAACCCUAUGUAGUGAAUGCAAGUACUACUGUGAAAUGUGCUGCAGUAAGCAGGAAGCACAGAAAAGGAUGCGAGUGAAGAAGCUGCCGAUGAUUCUGGCUCUGCACCUCAAGAGGUUCAAGUACAUGGAGCAGCUGCAGCGAUACACCAAGCUCUCGUACCGCGUGGUGUUUCCUCUGGAGUUACGCCUCUUCAACACGUCAAGCGAUGCUGUCAGUUUGGAUCGCAUGUAUGAUCUAGUAGCUGUUGUUGUCCAUUGUGGAAGCGGUCCUAACAGAGGGCACUACAUUACCAUAGUGAAAAGCCAUGGGUUUUGGCUGUUGUUUGACGAUGACAUUGUAGAGAAAAUCGACGCCCAGGCUAUUGAAGAGUUCUAUGGUCUAACCUCUGACAUUUCCAAAAACUCUGAGUCUGGAUACAUUUUAUUUUACCAAUCGAGAGAAUAAAUGAAUAGAUUAGUAGGCUAAAAAUAAGGAAAGUUCACCGCCCUUCCCAAUCCCUAAUAAGAGCAUAUCUGACAAUAGUGACAGUAUUCACUAGCUGCAGAUGGACUGCUGCACCAGUGAGUAAUCAACGGCAGGAUACCCAUGCUUGGUAUGAUUCUCACAUCUGAGGCAUUAUUUACAUUAGCUAGAGCUUUAAUCAUGGAGUCACUUUAUCUCUUCUGAGUUUAGGAUCAAUGAGAAAAGGUCAAGUUCAUCCAAUUUUGUAGGAAUCUGUGUUACUAAAAAAAAAAGCACUUUCUUAAGAUAUAAUGCUUUCAGAUUAAAAGUAAACCUAGCCUUGCUGAAGAGGACUUGGCACACUUACCCAAAUGUACAUAGGUAGUGGUUUUAAAAUAACUGGUACUCUGUAACAUGUGUCGUGAUUUUAGAACUAAUACUAAUCAACAAAAGUAAAGAAGCAUAUAGUUAUUUCUGCUUUAUUACAUGAGUAAGUAAAUAGUAUAGAAUCAAACUACCACCUUUUAAGUGAGGAUGCCUAAGCAAUUAUUUUUUGUAAUUGAGAUAUUGAGUGAAAAGCAAAUAAUACCAAAAUUAACACAAUCAAACUGUAACCUUUACCUGGUGCAUUAAAUUUUCUGUUCAGCGUGAAUAUAAUAUACACAAAAUGUACUACCAAAAGUAAAGGUAAAAAGAUUAUUGAUAGUGUUACUGAAAUUUCUACAGACUUUCUGACAUUCGAAAAACCACUGAAGUUAACAUCCUACAAAGUUUUGCAUGUAAGGUUAGUAUGUUUAAUGAUGUAAAAACAGUAAUAUUUGUGCAGAUGAGAAAUUCAGUGUACUGUCCAGGAUCUGUUUGACUGCCAUGGUUCAAUUUUGGUUUUUAUAAGGGUUUAAUAAAUUGGAUAAUGCAAUAAGGAGUAAGCUAGGUAUUUGGUAUUUUAUAGUCCAUAGUUCAAGGAAAAUGUUCCCCUUCAGUUGGGGCCCCCACUUGCUAAAUGUCUUUACUCUGGGGUUAAUGUUUUUUGUUUUUCACAGCAAUUAUGUGACUGUUUAAUAAUCGCCCUCCUUGUGUGUGUGUAAAAUAACUUAAAACUGUGAAACUGUGAUAAUCUGUAUUCUUAAUUCAAUCCAAUACAUUUGUCAGUUUGUCAGCUAAAUACAGUCAGCACUUGUGCCAUUUUAAUGCACUUACACAUCACACACAAUUUCCGACUCAGUCAUCGGUUUUCUGGUACAAAGCCCAUCUCUUCAAUGUUACAAUUUAUUUGAAUAGCCAUUACAGCCCACAUUUUUGUGUGUUUU